GGACAACUGAGAGCAAGGCGCUUGUUCAUGAUCUUACUUCCCGCCGUGGUGGCCUGACGCAACCAAGGAAGUAGCACGCGCGCCUGAGCGGGCGAACAUGUACUUCCCCACAUCAGCCGCAAAACAGCUAUCCACUGCGCCUGCACUCCCUGAUGUAUUCCCGGAGCCCAUCAUCGGCCUUGAGGAAAGCCCAAGAAAGUCGCUGUUCUGUGCGGUUACGAACGAUGCGCUCUCCGUCUGGCGAGUUCGACCCCCAGCAAUCCUUGCCCACUUUGCCAGGACGCCUGCUUCCGUAGUAGAACAUGGCGAUAAUGUGGGCGCGACAUGGGCACCCGACGGGAGUCGGAUUGUCAUUCAGACAUCCAAGUCAUUUCUGGUGCUAGUCACGAUUGAUUACGUCCCAGAGACCUCGGCGUACCAGCCUCCAGAUCUACCACAGGGGACACAACACAACUUUCUGACAGGGGCGGGUGAGGGCAUCCCCUUCCAAUCCCUCAGUCUUGCCUUCGAGGGCGUUAUACGUGCUGAGGGCCAGAUUCUCUGCGUCUCGCCUCGCAAGCAUUAUCUUGUAUUCUCGACGAGAAGCCCGCCAGCCGUUCAGCGUAUACCCUGGCCGAUAUACGACGAGAAUGGUGAAGAGGAUGCGAAUCAUGCUAUACAAGGAUACGGAACAUGGGUUUUAGCCGAACAAGAUCUAUCCUGGUUAGUUGAACCAGAGAUCACUAUCUCGAAGCUACGGCACAUAUCCGGCGACGUGGAAGCGUGGGUUACGUCGGACGGCCGAGCAUACUUCGUUCAGCUUGUAGAGUACGCAGACUCCGCAGGUGGCUCUCGCAGCGGCCUAGAGAGUACAUCGAGUGUGCACUUUAGCUCUCGGACAUCGAAUGAAAGCUCUGGCUUGCACCGCUGGCAAGGCACCUGUGUACAUAACUACGAGUUUCCUCGCUGGGUCCAGAAGCAGCGACAUGUCGAAGAGGGCCAACCGGGAUACGAGAGAGCCUAUGCUGAACCUCGACGAGCCGUUGAUAUUGCGGUCAACUCCAGGUACUCCCUCAUCGCCGUAGGCACUCAGAGCGGUGCGGUCGAGCUGACGAGUUUUCCAACACAAGAGCGACCGACGCCUCAGCCACAGGUAUUGUCCCAGCCUAACCCUCACAAUAGACCAACGGGACCCGUCUCAGCUAUGCAGUGGAGCUCGGAUGGCUACGUCCUAGCUGUGGGUUGGAGACACGGCUGGGCAACCUUCAGCGUAGGGGGCCGGUGUUUAGCGUCUAGCCUUGGCAUUGUCGACAACUUGGACUCGGAAAAGUUUGAAGAUACUUUUAUGCUCGGAAUUAGGGACCUCUUUUGGGCGCCAGGAAAUUUCGAACUUGUGGUAUUGACACAUCCAGUAGAGAAUAAGACCGAAGGGCAGAUAUUUAUCAUACCGUUUGCCAAAAGUGCUACGACGUGCCAGUUGUCUCCUGACAACACACAGCAUGCGUUUCUGCUGCUCGAUGAUCGUGCUUUAGUAUACCGUGGAGCAGAUCAACCAGACAUGAGUGUCAUCAAUCCCGAGUCAGAUGUCUGGCAGCACGUCAAGAUACCUCAGGCAUAUCUAGCGACGAACUGGCCUAUACGCUACUCGGCAUUAAGUUCCGAUGGUCGUUUGAUUGCAUUUGCUGGCCGGCGAGGGCUAGUACAUUACAGCUCUGCAUCAGGAAGGUGGAAACUGUUCGCAAAUGUCACUCAGGAGCAGGCUUUUUGCGUAAAGGGGGGUCUUCUAUGGUUCCACCAUGUGUUGAUUGCUGCAGUGGAGAUUUCGAAAUCAUACCAGAUACGGCUAUAUUCGAGAGAUAUGGAGCUCAGCAAUCAAAAUGUUCUCUACCGUGAAGUUGUCACUUCGCCUGUUGUCACGCUCUCCCUUGUGGACAACUCGUUGCUGGUUUAUACAGCUGAGAACAUGCUGAUACACUACCUCAUUGUACCCACUGCCGAUACUAUCAAGCUUCAUUUAUGUGGAAGUAUCUCGUUCAACGGCAUUAUCGCUUCGCCUAGUGCUGUCUCAGCCGUGAGCUGGAUGAUCCCAAGUGCUCAGAAACACAUCGGCGACCCUGUGGACGAUUUGGCCGUCGCCACCGUAUUGAUGAUGAUUGGAGGGCAGCUCAUUCUUCUCCGUCCUCGCAAGGCUGGUAACCAAGAGGUCAAAUAUGACAUGCAAAUAUUCGCCGAACGCAUCGAGUUUUGUUGGAUACAUCUACACGGCAUCGGUUCCCUCGAGAACUCACUGUGGGGAUACGACGGACACGGCAUCAGGGUCUGGCUGAAUGCACUUACGAUUGAGUCUACCUCGGCUGGGGCACAUGAGAGUGUUAAGGAGAGUGUCUUCAUCCCAUUGGAGUUUUAUCCGCUGUCUGUCCUUAUGGACAAAGGAAUUAUCAUCGGUGCAGAGCACGAAGCUGCUGCCCGGGCUAAUCUACCUUUCGUCAUGUUUCGGCAUGCUACAAGCUCCCACAUGUUCAUCCAUCAUAUCCUUCGAUAUCACCUCGAAGCAGGGCAGGUUCGUGAAGCAGUUGAUCUGGCGACGCAUUACCAGAAUCUGGUUUACUUUGCGCACGCUUUGGAAAUCCUUCUGCAUUACAUUGUCGAGUCCGAAUUCUCAUCCAACGACGAAGAUGAAGAACCCAAAGAAGGCUCCGCAUUGACGGCUGUCGUUGAAUUUCUGGAUCAUUUCGAUGCUGCGCUGGACGUAGUCGUUGGAUGUGCUAGAAAGACGGAAGUCAGCAGGUGGAAGCGGCUUUUCAAUAUCGUCGGCAAUCCCCAAGAGUUAUUUGAGACUUGUUUGGCAUCGAAGAGGCUGAAGACCGCAGGUUCUUAUCUGUUAAUUCUGCACAAUCUUCAGCCGCUGGAUGAGAAGAAUGAAGACGCUGUCAAGCUGCUCCGCCUUGCCGUGCAAGAGCAGGAGUGGCAGCUGUGCCGGGAGCUGUUGCGCUUUUUGCGUUCCGUCGAUGAUAGCGGCAAAGUUCUCCAACAUGCAUUGAGAGAAAGCAACUUGGUCGAUACCGAUGAUCUUUGAUCGUCUCGAUUCUUGAAAGUGAGCGCUGUAGACAAUCCAUUCGACCCAGGCUUGGAAUUCUGUAAAAUAUGUGACCAUGCUAUCGUUGCCUAAUACCUUGCAAUCUUGAUUGUAUUCAGC